UUAUCUUCAGCUGGGCAACAGGCCUAUUGUUGCUGCUGCUUCCAGAACUGGCUUUUUCCAGCCUGACCAGCUAUGGGCCUCUCAAAGACUCUGGGCAAUACUGGGUGAAUGUGUGUGAGAAGUAUGCUGGAGAAAGAAAGAUCCUGCUGGGGUAGAAGGGAUAUGGAAGUACUUUUUGUCCAUCCCCAUCCAGGAGAAAUCAUCACUGUGCCUUGCAGGUGCUGGAAAGAGGUUGGCAAGUGAAAUCAUAGUUUUACCCUGGAAGACCAUGACCACAGUCUGUGAGAAGAUAGAUUGUUUAACCCACUGACGCAUCACAACACGUUAUCUUCAGAGAACUAUAUUUCUGCUUUGGAGAAAAUUCUUCUACUGAGAUGUUUCUGCAGGUGACUGUAUCAGAAAUCUUUCUGCUUUUGGGCUGGGUGUGGAGAUCAGACUGCUUUUGCUCACCCACCACUUUUUACAAAAACUGUUGGAUUCGACAAUUCCCAGGCCUUACAAUUGAUCUGGAGCAUUCACAGAGAAGAGGGGCCUACAUCCUUAAAGUAUACACAGAAGCCACAGCCCAGCAGUGCAGUCAGACAUGUUGCCUCAUGAAGAAUGUUUCCUGCAACUUGGCAGUUUUCUACUUUGAAAUCAAUAACAGGAGCCUCAACUGCUUGCAUGUUUAUUGUCCAGCACUGGAAAGUUGCAUACUGAAGCCUUGGAUCAAUGUUGUGUUGUACAACAUCACACCAGGGGUUGAUCCAGAUCUUCUUGUGUUUGAGAAGCUCUCUUUUAAAGAUAUGAAUACCAGGUCCUCUCUUAAUAAAUGGGAAAGGCAUGGAAGUGCAAGGGUUGUUAAUUUAGAAAAAUGCCAGAAUGCAACAACCAGUUCAAGGUAUCUUCUUCCUGAAGCCUUAUCUUCUGCAGAGGUCCAAGAGCUGGUAACUAACGGCAGCAACAAUGCAAGCAUUGCACCUGAUCCAAUUCACAGGACUGCAUCCAUCACAUAUUUAGGAGCUACAGAUGCAUCACUGAAGGACUAUUUUACUACAGUACCAGACAUUUCAGAAAGGGAAGGCUCAACAUCCAUUUCUGGCAGCACAACUGCACUUCCUACCUCUGUGCUUACAUCUUUCAAGAUGUUGUCACACAUGCCCAGCCCAGCCCAUCUGAACAGCAGCAAACUCUUGAAUGAAAGCAAAGGGUACAGUGGGAGGAACAACACCGAAGGCCAGAAAUCAACGUGGGAGGAGGUGGAAAAGGGGAGCUGGUUGCUUCCAGUGGUGCUUUGCUCUUCAUUGACUAUGAUUUGCUGUUGCACUAUUUUUCUUGUAACAGGAUGCCAUCGAAAGAGGAGUGGUCGGUAUAAACCAAGACAGAAAGGAGUUGCAGCACCUAGACAGUUCAUAAGAUACACUAUCGUUAAAAAUAGUUUUUAACAUUCAAAAUGCAGUGAAGAGCUUUUAUUCCAAAGGGUAGAUGGAGUGGGAUGGUGGAUGUAUAAGACAGGAAAAUGUAACUUUUCUUGCUUAGAAGACUUAAGUCAUUGACUAUGCAAUCAGUAAUUGACUGCUGAUAGGUAUUUUGAAUAUUUUGCCAUUAAACUAGAGUGGAGAUAUAUCUGCUAUUUCAGUUUAUAUGUUUUCAAUAUGAACAGCAUUUUUAAAACACCUUUCCUUGAUAGGAUAAUACAGUGCAUUGUGCAAAAUCAUACAUAUCAGGCUAGCAAACUCUUCCAACAAGCAAAUACUUACCUCCUUACCUUACUGGAUCCUUACCUCCACCAACCCCUAUAGGCCAUUGGGGCCACCACCU